CCAAAGUUGCAACACCAUCCUAUCUGUCGUCGUUCGUUGAUUUGCUCGCUUGCGUGUUGUUGUGGAUCAAAUAUAUUUUUAUUACAUUAUUGCCUUUUAUCAUAGAAAUUGGCGUUCUCAGUUUAAUAAAAAGAAUAAAAUAUGUGUAGAUCUUGGUUUAUUGUUGUUGCAACCGUCGGGUAUCGUCGCGAGUGACAGAAAUACAUGUGCAGAUAGUGCAGUGCUUUUGGUGGAUGAUUGUUAUCAAAUAUACGUGAAUAAGAGGCGAAUCAUGUGGAUUUUUGCUAAUUUAAACAAUUAUCACCUCCCACUGAAACUAAUGUAGGGAAGAAUUUCCGUAUUUAAGUGAAUUUAACGAAUUGCUAGCGUCCUAAGUGGGUCAACGUCGCGUGUGAUUCUUUUGAUUACAAUGAAUGAGAAAAAGUUGGUCCAGAAUUUUAGAAGCUACCUCACCGAUUCGCCAGUGGGCAAAGGCGAGAAGAAUGGUUCGUUGCAAGAGUUGAAACCCAAAUUACUAAAUGGGGAGCUUGUGACCGGCGCGGCGCACAGCGUGAUCCUGCUGACGCCGCUGAGCGAGCGGGACCGCGGCCGCUUCGGAUCGCUCUUUGUCACCAACUUCAAGCUGUCCUUUGUCCCCAUGGAGAACACCAGCAUUGAUGAGUACAGCCAGCGGAACUACUUGCUGGGCCCGUACGACGUCCCUCUAACGGCCGUGGGGGCUGUGUGGCUGACUGAUGGCGGGCCGGUGCGGCGGCGGCGGCUGAUGCCCUACGGAGACAUGCCAGGGAAGGUGAAAGGGUUGCAGGUUAUAUGUAAGAACAUGAAAGUCAUGACCUUCAGCUUUGCAAACUCACCCAUAGACAGCGGGCGGAAGAUAGCCCUCGCGCUCAUGCACCACGCCUUCCCCAAACGGCACGACCUGCUCUUCGCAUUCGAGUACAGAGAACCCUACUAUCCGACACUGCCCUCCGAGCUGAACAUGUUCCAAAGACCCGCAGACUGGAAGCGCGAACUCGAGAGAUGCGAGUGUCCCCACUGGAGGAUCACUUGCAUCAACGGCACCUCAGAUGCCUUCAUGUUGACAGCUGGUGAAACCCUCAUAGUGCCCAGUACGGUAUUGGAUUAUAAUUUGAUGGAGUCAGCGAGGUAUUUCAGGUCGGGCAGGGUGCCGAUCUGGGUGUGGGGCCGGCCAGAGGGUGCGGCGUUGUUGAGGAGUGGAGAGUUGCUCUCCACUGAACAGUCAGCGACGGCUGAGAGCGUUUUGUUGGAACAGGUUCGCCGCUCUCAUCCUAAGCUGACACCUCCCUACGUAUUGUAUCUAUGUGGCAACAGUUUUACCAAUUCUGGCUCGAAUGCAAAUAUUCUACCGCCCCUACCUGCACUGCAGACAUCGUACAAAAAGCUGGUGGAGUUGUGCACGCCAACCACCCUCGGAGGGUUUUGGGUGCAGGACUCUCAAUACUACUCGAUCCUGGACUCGAGCAAAUGGUUGCGGCACGUCGCCAACUGCAUCGCGUUCGCAGACGACGCCGCGCAGCACCUCGCCGACAACGUCACCGUGGUACUGCAAGAAGGCGAUGGGGUCGACUACUGCGCUGUAGUGUCGUCUCUCACGCAGCUGCUGGUAGACCCUUACUUCAGGACGAUAGCGGGCUUCCAGUCACUCAUACAGAAAGAAUGGAUCGCGUUAGGACACCCCUUCUGUGAUAGACUCGGCCUCCCCCGUCCGGGCAACCCGAAGGACCCGUCGAAGGACGCGGCAGCAGCGCAAACAGCGCCGGUGUUCCUGCUGUUCUUGGACUGCGCGUGGCAGCUCACGCAGCAGUUCCCGGCCGCGUUCCAGUUCACCGAGACGUACCUCACCACGCUCUGGGACACCGCGCAUAAUCAUCUCUUCGACACUUUCCUGUUUAAUUGCUCCAGGGAUCGGGAGCUUGCUGUUUCAAAGAACUUCGUACAAAGGCCGGUGUGGGACUGGGGCGAGCAGUUCUCCGAACAGGACAAGGCGCUGUUCUACAACCCGUUGUACAUGGGACUCAGGCCGAUUAACACACCGUUGCAUAGGCUAUCGCAAUCGUCGCUGGGCGCGUCGCGCGCGGACACGCGGGUGGAGGCGGCGCGACUGCGGCCGUGCGCGUCCGUGGCGGGCGUGGAGCUGUGGGCGCAGUGCUACGAGCGCUGGCUGCUGCCGCUCGACGCGCCGCACGCCGGCCACGUGCAGUACCACGUGCGACACUACGCGCUGCUGCACGAGAUCCAACAGCUCAACGAGAAAAUAUCAUCGUUAUCGAUAAUGUCGAACCGACAAUCGAACGGCGAGCCGGAGGUGGAGUCCCGGCAGCCGACGGUUGUAAGUCGGUUCCACCCAUUCAGUCUUAACCGAGGCGACGUGGUCACGGGCAGCCUCGACGCCAUGCAGGUCAGCCUCAUCGACGCCAGCUUGCUCCUCGACUCGCAAUCCCUACUCAAUGCGCCAGACUAAUCAAGCAAUACUAGCUCUUAUUGCACCUGAUUCUGACUCCCAGUCCCUACUCAACGCGCCAGAUCGAUCAAGCUAUUUUAGCCCUUAACGCACUUGACUCUUCCAUGUUACGUGACUUAUUACAGUGGCUUUAAGGGCGAUAUCGCUUGACACAGAACAACAUAAGGCGGGUUAUGUACAUUCAAAAGCCAUUUCAUGAAUAGUAUUAGUAUUGUAAGUACGAAACCAGUCCGUAUACGCUGCCGGAAAAGUAAAGGCGAUAGUUGUAAGCGUUCGAGAAUGUAAAUAAUUGUUUAACAAUGUAUGACUGAAUGACAUAUUGAGACUACAUAGUGUGCUUGUAGUUAAAUUAAUGUCGUUGCGUAUAUUUAUAAUAGAUGUUGUAGAUAUAAUAUGAAAAAUGGCGUUUUUAGUUAGCAGAGUUGUGGGUGAUAUAAUACUUGUGAAUUUAGAACACUAAAGUAGAACAAAUAUAUAAGUGAAAUAUGUUGCUUUACAUUUCUUUAAACUGCUCCUUUGCGGCUUCCAGAAUCACUCCGAUAUGUACCAUACGUCCCCACACAAUUUAGUUAUUAGAUCUCUAUACUUUGUUCAAAAGAAAUCUUUUAAAUUGAAAUUGAUGAGGAAUUGAAAGUAUAUCAAAAAAUGUGUAUAUUUUUAUAUGUAAACUCUAUGGUUUGACCAUAGUUACUUGUCGAGGGCUGUAUACUUGUUGAGGCUAACCGGCUUCUUGGCAACUUGUCUUAAGGCUGAUUUUUCAAUGGCCAGAACCUCCGUAAGACAAUGAGCUUAAUCCAUAUCUCGGGAUCGAUCGAAAAUUGGACCAAUCAAAAUAAAGAUUUAUAUCAACGCUCACAAAUAACUUAGUUUGAUUGGUUUACUUUGGAAUCGAACAGUAGAUAUGACUUAAGGUCGUUUAUUAAAUUCGGAUAAUAAUCGAUAGUAUCGAUAAUCGAUUUGAUGGAAAUUUGAGAACUUGUCAAAAUUAUUUUUCUAAUAAAAAAUAUCUGUCGAUUCAAAGAUCAGCCUCUACUUUAUUAAUUAUUAUAGGUCAUUCCAAUAUCAAAAAUAAUUAAUAAAAAUGUAUCUUUGUUUUACCAAUUUUUUUUUUACUAGUGUGAUAAUAUGGCAUCAUGAGCCAUGUUACAAUACUAAAGGUAAAACUUCCAUAUUCGUUCUAUUAUCUAUUCGAGCAGUUUAUUUACGUUUAUAUGUUACCAUUAUCGAAGGUCUGUAAUAUGAUUACUGUGGUAAACAGUACAAUCUGAUUUGGAUAGAAACAGAUUGCUAUUUUAAAUCUGAUUUAUACGGGCACUUAAAAUUGACCCCAUUGAACCUGAUGUUAACUGACGUGGGGUCCAAUAGAAUGUCGACUGACGAGAGAUGAUUACGUAUCGGCAGUCGACACAAUUAUGCCGGCCUGUUGGAACCGGAUAUACACAGGCUGAUCCCGGAACGCGACACUUACGUAGACACUAUGGCGGGUUUUAACACCUUGUGUGCGGUGGUCGCUAUCCGUGCGGAUAUAAAAUACAUCCUACCUCCAUCAAAAGUUUAUACAAAAAAGUAAGGAUAAAUCAUUUACAUGUCAUCAGUGCAUAUUUUUGUUUGUGUAAAACGAUUUUUUUUUAUACUUUUAUCAGUUUUAAUGACGUAAUAAUUUAUCUACUAUCUAAUGUAGUUUGUACUGUUUAUACGUCAAUCAAUUUUGUAAUUUAUUUUACGUACCAUAAUGAGAAUACCACAAGCAGUAAUACAUUUUGUUAUGUACAAAUACAAAUGUGUAAUAUCGUUAUGAUUUAAAUACAACACGUUAUUUUAAAGUAUGCACGACUAGUGCGCAAUAUUUAUACGUACCUACUACAUACAUACAUCACGCCUUUUUCCUUUUCACGGGUCAGCAGUGUAACAAGUCCACAUUUGGCCAGCUGUAUUAGAACCUAUAUAAUAAGGUGAGGGCAUAUUGCAAUUUACCGGCACAUUCCCAGGCUGAUACUGAGUAGAAAAACUCAAUAUCACUUGCCGGGAUUCGAACCCGAGACCCCAGUGCGAUAGUCGCACUGUACACGCAAGACAAGAAGAAAGAAAGAAAAUUAUGAAUAUUCAAUUUUUUAUCUCUUUCUGUCAUGUUGUAUAUUGUAUGGGUAACAGAGACAAAAGCUGUUCAAUCUUAAUUAAAGUACAAGAUUAUUAGUAUAUUCCUAAGUAAUAAAUAUUUUCACAAAAAAAACCGGUUUUCUGAAAUUUUGAUGGUCAUUUUGUAGUUUAGUGCGAAUAUGGUGUGCGUAAGUGUAUUUCUGACCGAUAUUAUGCUUUUGUCGUUUCGACAAAUUCAAUAUUUAUUUUGUUCGAAACUUUAAGUUUUUUAUUUUAUUUGUAUGGUUAGAUAAAGUGUUGUUUUCAUGAAACCAAUUAUAUGAUUUCAUUUAUUAACCCAAUUUCAAAAUGACCCUGUAUUUUUAUAUACGAAAAUGAGUCUUGCAUACUUUAAAAUACGCUACGGCAGCUACCAUUUUGUUAGUUAUAAUGUGAUGUCACGGUGGAUACUUACUGUAUAAACUUUCCCUAAUCAUAUUAAUUCACCAAAUUAAUGUUUAGUACAAUUUGUAAAUGUAUUUUACGUCAAAUUAUUGUGUUGAUAAAAUAUAAUUAUACCAUUAAUAGUAUAUUUUUAAUUGUGUAAUUAACUGCAGUACACAUAACUUACGUCUCAUUAAAAAAAAACAGUAUUCUACCUGAUAAUGGAUUAACAAUCACCUUUUAUUUGGCAAGGCGUUGAUUCCUUUGGAAUUGUAAUGUUUAUAAGCGGCAAAGUCUUUAAUACUUGGGUGACACAGUUGCCUGCCGAUUCUUUAAUAAACAAAUCUUUUAAUUCUGAUUACUCUGAACAUAGUCCAUAUUCAGUAAUAACAUAUCCUAUUUAUUAGUUUAUAUUGAAGUAUAGUUUAAACAUUCAUAAUUAAUAGAAGCCAAAGAUCGCCAAGACGCUAAACUGAAGCGGUGAUUGUCCUUAAUUUCUUUAUCAAUAAAAAAGUCGUAUAAGAAAUGUGUAAGUCCAAGCAGUAUUCUAAAUCGGUGAAAGAUGAGGCUUUAAGAAAUUAGACAAUAAAAGGCUUGUAGAAUUCAAUUAUAAUUUAUCCAAUGCAGUGGGCAGAAACGUUUACCAACUACAUGCAAGAUAGGUUAAUUUGGCUUCUAAUGAUGGUAGGAUCCUAUACAUUAUACCAGCCACAAAUACGAUCCACUCUGAACAUAGUUUAAAAAGGUUCAACCUGAAGUAAGUCGAUUAUCGUCAACGAAAUAACAUGCUUCUAUUUUUUAUCAACACAGACAUAAAACAUCACAUUACCGAUUGUAAAUUAACAAAUUGAUGAAGCAUAUGUUCCGUUGUUAUAUUUUUGGCCAGGCAGCCGUGUAGUACUGUGCCGUGAAAUUUUAUAUCAGUGAAGCCACAAUGAAACACUAGUGGUGUAGUAUAUAACACUUGCGUCACUAGCUUUUUUUAUGACAGUAUGGGUGUUGCACGGCUACGGGGCCAAAGGCCUCUUAUAAUAUAAGUAAUGGAAUAAUUGUGUUGGCAACACUGGUUUUAUGUAUCCGAAGGAAAUGUUUGUAUCAGACAUAGAACAUAGACUAUACAUAAAUGCAGCUGUCAAGUCGAAGUGUGAGAGAGAUGAAGCGAACGUGCGGCCAAUAAUUGUCUUUUUAUAUGUGGAUUAAACUGCACAGAAAAGAGAGGUAUUUCUAUCGCAUUCGCUUCAUUACUUUUAAUAAUAUUGACAAUUUUAAAAGUAUAGUGUUGCCUACGUCUUUGUCUGUUUCGUAUCUACUGUAAUGAGCCAACAGCUAUUGUAAUUGUUACCUUAUUUAUAAUCGGUUUGGCUACGCUUGGCGGUUGUAAGUCCUUGUUAUAGUUAUUCAAGAUACAUACACUUGUUGCCAAUUAUGUUCUGCCUGAAGUUAGUUAUAGAUUCCAGUUAAUGAGGUAGGGACGUAAGACGUAAUGCGCAGUGUAAGUGACUAGCUUCAGAGUUUAAAAAGUUGGCAUUGAUAAAGAAUUAAUUUCAAUUAUUGGAACUGAUUGUUUAAAUUAAAGAUUUAAUUCAUCGAUCGAUCAACGAAGAUUUUAAUGAGGAACUAUGUUCAGACCAGUUCGCAGAUCCAGUGCCGUCUGGCACAAUACCAUGGAUACUAUUGUAGAUAUUAAAAUCCGGGAUGAGUAAAAGGAAUACAACUUAAUAUUAUUAUGAUCCAAGAUUUGUCAAUCUCCAAGCGGAGGCCAAACGUUGUUGAUUCAUAGACUAGGCUAACGAUAUUUAUGUAAUAAUACGAUUUUACGAUUUGUUAAUGUGUAUAGAUGAUUAAUAUAAACAACAGUUUUAAGUAGA